UGCAGGGCAGAGGCAGAGCUGCACACUGGAUAUAAACAGGAAAGGUUAAUAAGACAGGUGAGACACUCGGGAAUCCGAGAAGCAGGCUGCUGUGACUGCAGGAGAAUUUGAUCCCCGGAUCCAUUAGAAACUCAAGCAUCCUUCUGAGUAUUGUGACUGGAAUAUAUAAGAUAACUGUCAGCAGGAACCACAGAGUUUUAACUACUGCUGCUGCUGCUGCUGCUGCUCUGGAGUUGGACUGAAGCGAACGAGUCAACAGUGGACCAACAUGUCACUCACCUCCAUUCUUUCAGCAGAGGCCAUUGAAAAUGCAGUCAAGGACUGUGAAGCUCCAGAAUCGUUCUGCCAUAAGAAGUUCUUCCAGCUGUGUGGUUUGUCCUCAAAGACACCCAAGGAGGUACGAGACGUGUUCCAGAUGCUUGACGAGGACAACAGCGGCUUCAUCGAGGAAUCUGAGCUCAAGUUCUUCCUGCAGCGGUUCGUCCCUGGGGCACGGACCCUGAGCGAUGCGGAAACCAAGAAAUUCGUCUCAUCAGCUGAUGAGAACAGUGAUGGCAGAAUUGGAGCGGAUGAAUUCCAGACAAUGGUCCUGUCCUGAGGUCUACCAACAGAAAGAAGCCUCUGGCCAUUCCCCGACCUCUGGAGUCCUCUGAUAGGAGCGUCCAUUCCCAGGAAUUUAAAAUGUUUUCUAUUUAAAUCUGUGUGUGCUCGUGAUUUUUAAAUGACCUUACAUGUCCUUUUCAAGACUCCAAGCUUCAGAAUGUCUUUUCUCUUUGUCUGUUGUUUCUUGUCUAUGCACAUUCCGCCUGUAAUAAAGAAUGAAAUAAAUAAAGAUCUGGAAGCAUA